AUGGCGAUGGCCGCCGGCACCGUGUCGAUCGCCGAGGCCGCGCAGAAGGCCCAGGCCGACCCGCAGCCCAAGGUUGCCGCGCCACCGCGCCGCGCGAGCCGGGUGCGCUUCAUCAGCCCGCUCGAGCGCGCCCGCAGCCGCCCCCAGUCCCCCAAGCACCGCAUCAUGUCGACGGAGAAGACGCGCAAGACCAAGAAGGGCCUCCUCAAGAAGCGCGCGACCUCCACGAGCGCGGGCGGGGUGCGCAAGGGAGCGCGAGCUCCGAGCCGGCGCCGCCCUUCGCACGACUCGGACGGGGACUACUUCGAGAACGAGCUCCUGCUCGAGGCGCACUAG